AUGUCUCUGACCCUCCUCUCCACACGGUCCAGACGGACGCUCACCCGAUCCAUCCCGUCGACAUGCCUCCGCUCCUUCAGCACCCCCAUCAACGACACCUUCUCCCCCGUCUCCCCCUCCGCCCCUCCUCCACCGCCCGAGGCCAGUAACGUGCUGCGAGAUGCCGUCACCUCUGCCGGACCGCGCCAUGAUUGGACUCGAGAGGAGAUUAGGGACAUCUACAACACCCCUCUCAUGGAGCUAGCAUUCCAAUCGGCCACCCUCCACCGCCGCUUCCACCGCCCCUCGGCCAUCCAGAUGUGCACGCUCAUGAACAUCAAAACCGGCGGCUGCAGCGAAGACUGCUCCUACUGCGCCCAAUCCUCCCGCUACCAAACCGGCCUCCAAGCCACAAAAAUGUCCCCCGUCGACUCCGUCCUCGAGGCCGCCCGUAUAGCCAAGUCGAACGGCAGCACGCGCUUCUGCAUGGGUGCUGCAUGGAGAGAUAUGCGGGGUCGAAAAACAAGUCUCAAGAACGUGAAAGCCAUGGUGCAAGGGAUUCGGGAAAUGGAUAUGGAGGUCUGCGUCACCCUAGGCAUGAUUGACGGGGAGCAGGCGAAGGACUUGGCUUCCGCGGGUCUGACGGCGUAUAACCACAACCUCGACACGUCACGGGAACACUACCCCUCGGUCAUCACCACGCGCUCCUACGACGAACGCCUGCAAACCCUGUCCCACGUCCGCGACGCCGGGAUCAAUGUCUGCUCCGGCGGGAUCUUGGGUCUGGGGGAGAAGCCGGAAGAUCAUGUCGGACUUCUUCACACCGUCUCCACCCUCCCCUCACACCCGGAGUCCUUCCCCGUCAACGCCCUGGUGCCCAUCAAGGGAACACCGCUCGGCGACAAACUCCCGGCUGGGAAGAGACCGAUCCCCUUCGACGCCAUCCUCCGCACGAUCGCCACCGCUCGGCUUGUGAUGCCCGCGACUAUCAUCAGGAUUGCCGCCGGCAGGACGACGAUGAGCGAAGCGGAGCAGGUAUUGUGUUUUACCGCGGGAGCGAAUGCGGUCUUUACGGGGGAGAAAAUGUUGACUACCGAGGCCGUGGGGUGGGAUACGGAUAAGGAGGUUUUUGAGCGGUGGGGGUUGGUUCCUAUGAAGAGUUUUGAACGGGGUGGGUUGAGGGAGCAGGGGGCAGGGAGUUGGGCGGCGAUUAAGGAGGGGGUUGCUGCUAGGGAGGUUGGGAAGGACCAGGGCGUCGCUGCUUCUGUCUAG